GUCAGACACACAAUGGCGUCCUCGAUCUGUGUCGAGAACCGAAAAAGGCGGGACCGUGACCGUCCAAUAGCAAAGAGAGCAGCGUGAAACGGUGAAGGGAAAACACAGAGACACGCUCGGCUGCUGUGGUUCAGUGUUUUGUUUCUCGAACGUUUUUGGGGAGCAAACUAUGCAUUUGUCCUAACUCGACGACCAGCUCAGUGACCUCUACGUGAAGGGACAGCAAGUUUGUUUGUUGCAGGAUGUCGCAGUGGGAGACUCUGUUGAAGCUUCCAGCGAGCUACAGGCAGCAGCUGGAUGAUCUCUACGACAGGGACUUCCUUCCUAUGGAUGUCAGGCACCAUCUGUCAGCUUGGAUAGAGAAGCAGGACUGGCUACGAGCGGCCCAGGACCAUGCCUUGGCCAUUGUGCUGCUACAGGUGCUCCUGGAGAAUCUGGAUAUCCAACACAGCCGCUUUGUUCAGGAGGAGUCCUUCCUUGAGCAACACAACAUCAGGCGUUACAAACACAGGUUUCAGAUGCACCAGGACGAUCCCUGUAAAUUGGCGAGCACGAUCCACUGGUAUCUGGUAAAGGAAAAGGAAAUUCUUAAAGAUGCCACUUUGGAUGAACAGGUCCAGCGUUUGACGGUCACACAGGAACCCAUGGAGAUAAGCUGCCAGCAAGACCUUGAGUGUAAAAUAGCAACCCUGAAGAAUGACGUGCAGUGCAUGGAACACGCAGUCAUAUGUCUGGAGGAGCAGCAAGAUGAGUUUGAUUUUAAAUGUCAAACCCACAGGUUGGAAGCCACAGCAGACGAGGCUCUGAAACAGGAGCAGAUGAGAACUCUCCAGAUUCUUGUCAACAAACUCAACGAGUGUAGAAAGAGCAUACUGCUGGAUAUGAACAAGCUUCUGGAUCGAGUUGAGGAUCUGAUCCACCGUUUAGUGGAUAAGGAGCUCAUUGACUGGAAGAGGAGGCAGCAGAAAUCCUGCAUUGGUGCUCCGGACAAUGUUAGCCUGGAUCAGAUGGAGAAAUGGUUCACCGGUGUGGCCGUGUGUCUUUUCCAGAUGCUGGAGUUCUUGAAAAAGCUGGAUGAGCUCGUAGCGAAAAUGACGUAUGAAAACGACCCGGUGAAAGCUCAGAAACCUGCACUGCAGAAGAGAACCGACUUGCUCCUUCAAAAGUUACUCAAAAGUUCAUUUGUGGUUGAGACUCAGCCUUCCAUGCCUCAAGGAAAAGGCCCCCUGGUUCUGCGCACAAAUGUCCAGUUCUCUGCCAAGACCAGAAUUCUGGUAAAGUUUCCUGAGCUGAACCACUCCAUGAAAGUGGUUGUAUCCAUGGACAGGGAGGUUCCUCAGAUUAAAGGUUAUCGUCGUUUUAACGUCCUGGGAACCAAAACGAAGGCACUGAACAUGGCUGAGAGCCACAGUGGAGGAAUGGUGGCAGACUUCAGACAUCUGACCUUGAGGGAGCAGAAAUGUGGAAAUGGAGGCAAAGGAGUGAGUGAUAUUUCUCUGAGUGUGACGGAGGAGCUGCACCUGAUUUACUUCGACACAGACUUUGAACUGAAAGGCUUUUCAGUCAAGUUACAGACCUGCUCCUUGCCUGUGGUGAUAAUCUCCAACUCCAGCCAGCAACAGAGCGCCUGGGCAUCCAUCCUCUGGUGCAAUAUGCUUAGCCAGGACCACAAGGAUGUGAUGUUCUUUGCAAACACUCCUGCCGCCCCAUGGCCACAGUUUGCAGAAAUGUUGAGUUGGCAGUUUCUUUCGGCCACCAAGCGCGGUCUAGAUGGUGCUCAGCUGGAGAUGAUCGGACACAGGCUUUUCGGAAAACAAGAAAACUAUGACACCUGCAGUGUCACUUGGUCCAAAUUUAGUAAGGAGAACACACCUGAAACCUUCUGGGUGUGGUUUGAUGGGAUCUUGGUGAUGGUGAAGAUGUACCUGGAAGAUCUUUGGAGUGAAGGACUCAUCAUGGGUUUUGUGAACAAGAGCAAAGAGAAGUCUCUUCUGAAGAAGAAGCAGAGGGGCACGUUCCUGCUGCGCUUUAGUGAAAGUGUCAUCGGAGGAAUCACCUUCUCCUGGGUGGAAAUCGACUCAGCCGGGAACCCUGACAUAAAGACAGUCCAGCCUUUCACCAAAGUUGACCUCUCCCAGAUCCCCUUUCAUGAAAUUAUAAGGAACUUCCAGAUCUUAGAAGCUGAAAACGUUCCAGAAAACCCUCUGCUGUACCUGUAUCCCAACAUUCCAAAAGACGAGGCUUUUGGGAAGUUCUACACUGACAAGUCUGGAGAUGACAGUCCCUACAUAAAGUACAUCAAAACCAAAUUGAUGUUUGUUUCAAAAGAGAACACUCUGGAGGCUAGGUCUCUUAUGUCCUCUGACAUGGAACAAGGCGCAGGCCUGGAGCCACAGACCGGCCUGUAUGGAGAGGUGGCUGAUCAAGUUAAUUUCCCCGAGUCCCUUCCGCCCACGCUGGAGACGUAUUCCCCUGACCCCAUGCUGAGCAGCUCUGCUGAACCCCAGAACGACGAGUUACUGCAGUACCUCAACAACCCCAGCAACUUCAACGACGACUUCCUCCAAGCCGACUCCGGACUGCUGAACUUCACCGCGUUUAACAGUAUGCCCAUCCAAGCCUGUGGAAGCAUUUACCACUGAAAUGUUUAGACAAACUCACAUAUAAUCUGCUUCUUUCCAAUAUGUCUACAGUUAAUCAUGCUCAAAACGUGUCAUAUAGCUGGAUAAUCAAACAUAAGCAUUAUUAUUUGUUGGUAUUCCUCUUGUAGGGACUCAACAUCCUAUGAAGUCAGUGUUCAGAGAUUCCUGGUCUUGUGGGGGUGUGUGUGUGUGGGGGGGGUGUGGGGUGAUUGAAUGAGCCGGACUCAUCCACUCUAAUUCAACAUUUUGGUGUCUUUUAACGGAUUAUUGAUUCUACAAAAAUAACUGGUGAGAAAACGGCGUAUGAAGCACUGAAAAACGCCAACAACUGAUUUUAAGUUAUUGUACUGUUAAGAUGUUGCUAGCUAACAUUAGUGGAGAAUUCUUUGAUCCAACUGUUUGCUCUUCCAUUAACCUACCUGCUGCAAUCUCAAUAAAAGUUAUGUUUCCAGUCCA